GGCAUGGCGGCAGCGAACGAUCGUUGCAGACAUUACUGAAGUUGUGUUACUGCCCAAAUCACGAAACCUGCAGAAAUGCAGAAGGCCAUGGUGAGAGGAACAUCAAGAACUAUGCUUUCUUUCUCUCUUCUUUCCACAACCAAACUCUCCUGCAACUACCCAUUUCUCAAAAUUCCCAGACCCACUAGGGUUUUUCCAGGGUUUAGGCCGCUAUGCACCGUCACAACCACAGCAACCCCAGUUCCAGUCAUUGAGCCGGACCAAAUAAGGCAUGAAAUGCUUCUUGAAAGAUUGAGACUUAGACACCUCAAGGGUUCUGCUAAACCCCUACAAACCAAAACCCAAGAGCGAGUGAGGACUUCUGAGAAGGAGAAUGAUGUAUAUGAUGGGAAGAAGAAGAAGAAGAAAGUGGUGGUGGGGAGUUUCGAGGAGUUGGGGUUGAGUGAGGAAGUAAUGGGUGCUGUGAGGGAGAUGGGAAUUGAGGUUCCUACGGAGAUUCAGGGUAUGGGGAUCCCUGCUGUUUUGGAAGGGAAAAGUGUGGUGUUGGGAUCUCAUACUGGGUCCGGAAAGACUCUCGCUUACAUGUUGCCUCUUGUUCAGCUGCUGAGAAGGGAUGAGGCCACCUUGGGUAUGCUAAUGAAGCCCAGGCGUCCUCGAGCUGUUGUGCUAUGUCCCACUAGGGAGCUAUCUGAGCAGGUUUUUCGUGUGGCAAAGUCUAUUAGUCAUCAUGCACGAUUUAGGUCUACCAUGGUCAACGGUGGAGGCCGGUUGAAGCCACAGGAGGAUUCAUUGAAUAAUCCAAUAGACAUGGUUGUUGGGACACCUGGCAGGGUUCUCCAACAUAUUGAGGAUGGGAAUAUUGUUUAUGGUGACAUCAAAUACUUGGUUUUGGAUGAGGCAGACACAAUGUUUGACCGUGGCUUUGGACCCGACAUUCGCAAGUUCCUUGGCCCACUAAAAAAUCGUGCAUCAAAAUCCAAUGGCCAAGGAUUUCAAACCAUUCUAGUUACUGCAACAAUGACAAAGGCGGUGCAAAAGCUGAUUGAUGAGGAAUUUCAAGGAAUAGAACAUUUGCGGACAUCAACACUGCACAAAAAAAUAGCAUCUGCUCGCCAUGAUUUCAUCAAACUUUCAGGUUCUGAAAACAAGCUGGAAGCAUUGUUGCAGGUUCUUGAGCCAAGUUUGGCUAAGGGGAACAGAGUGAUGGUAUUCUGUAACACAUUAAACUCUAGCCGUGCUGUGGAUCACUUCCUUGGAGAAAAUCAGAUCUCUACUGUUAACUACCAUGGUGAGGUUCCAGCAGAACGAAGGGUAGAAAACCUGAAUAAGUUCAAGAGUGAUGAUGGAGACUGUCCCACAUUGGUCUGUACGGACUUGGCAGCUAGAGGACUGGACUUGGAUGUUGAUCAUGUUAUAAUGUUUGAUUUCCCUUUGAACUCUAUUGACUACCUUCACCGCACAGGGAGAACUGCUCGUAUGGGUGCAAAAGGGAAAGUGACAAGUUUGGUGGCAAAAAAGGACCUUUUGUUGGCUGAACGGAUUGAGGAAGCAAUAAGAAAGAAUGAAAGCUUGGAAUCUCUAACUACUGAUAAUGUCCGUAGGGAUGUUGCAAGGGCUCGAAUAACUGAGCAGAAGGGGAAGAAUACUAAAUUAAUCAGGGCGUUGAAUCAGAAGAAGAGUAAAUCUAUGCCUGGACAGACAUCAGGGAAGAAGCCAUCAAUAGCAAAACCAACAAAAGCAUCUUCUACAGCAAAACCUUCAAAGGUGAAAGUAAAAGCAUCUUCUCCAGCAAAACCUUCAAAGACGAAAGUAAACGCAUCAUCUCCAGCAAAACCCUUGAAGGCAAAAGUUAAGCUGUCAAAACCAUUAAAAAGGGAAAAAUCAUCUUCAGUCACAAAGAAUAGAAAGUCCAGCGCUGUCAAUUCUACUGCUAGAAAACUUAGUGUUGUUGGGUUCAGGGGACGGGCUUCUUCUAACAAGAAAGAAUUGUUUAGGGGUAGUUGAUUCUUGCCAAAUUUCUCAAUCAACUUGUACUGGAAUGCCUUUCAACAAAUGAGAUUUGCAAUGAAUUUUUUUUGGGUACAGUGCAUUGAAAUUAUUUAAUACGUGUUAGCCAACUCUCCAAUGGUACCAAAAUUUUCUCUGGCAGGUAUAUUUCAAUUUCUUUUGCAGAUAAAUCAUAUAUGGAGAUUAAUUAUUUUAUGCAGGGAUUGGUUUUUGCCACUGAGACAGUAGGUUUGCGCAUGACUGGACAUUUCAUACUUU